UGAUACCAAGUCUUCACGGAAAAAUAUCAGCACCCUCAUAAAUAACAAGCAACAGAUCAAACUCCUCCAUAUUCCACGCCCAAAUCUUUUAAAUAAAUUUUCUCCAAAUACCAUUCACACAACAACAUCGAUUUGUAAUACCAUGAAGUUUUUUUCAGCAAUAGAGUUUCUAAGUUCAUUUCUUGUGCUGAUGUUCUUCUACCCUUUUUGCCACUCACUCGACAACACCAUAACCAUAAACCACCCCAUUAGAGACGGCGACGUUUUGGUCUCCAACGGUUUAGGAAACUUUGCGCUCGGUUUCUUCAGCCCGCGAAACUCCACAAACCGUUACGUUGGGAUUUGGUACAACAAAAUCUCGGAACAAACGGUUGUGUGGGUUGCCAACAGAGACACUCCUCUUAACGACACUUCCGGUGUUCUCAAAAUAAGCAACAACGGAAACCUUGUACUCCACGACAACAGCACCCGAAGCCUCAACCCGGUUUGGUCCUCCAACGUUUCCAUUGAAUCCACAAAUAGCAUUUCAGCCAAGCUUUUGGAUACAGGAAACCUAGUUUUGAUCCAAACCAACAACAACAACAUUCUAUGGCAGAGUUUUGAUUAUCCCGGGAACACUAUGCUUCCGUUCAUGAAACUCGGGUUGAACCGGAAAACCGGCCUGGACCGGUUCCUAGUAUCUUGGAAAUCUCCAAACGACCCGGGAACUGGGAACAUGACUUAUAAGAUCGACCCAACCGGGUUUCCGCAAUUGUUUCUCUACAAAGACAAAAUCCCUUUAUGGAGGGUCGGGUCGUGGACGGGUCAGAGAUGGAGCGGGGUGCCCGAGAUGACACCGAAUUUCAUCUUCACCGUUAACUACGUCAACAACGAGAGCGAGGUCUCCAUAAUGUAUGGAGUGAAAGACCCCAGCGUUUUCUCGAGAAUGGUGCUGGACGAGAGCGGCCAUGUGGCAAGGUCCACGUGGCAGGCUCAUGAACAUAGGUGGUUUCAAAUAUGGGAUGCGCCGAAGGAGGAGUGCGACAACUUCCGACGGUGCGGGUCGAACGCGAACUGCGAUCCAUACCACGCGGACAAGUUCGAGUGUGAGUGUUUGCCCGGGUUCGAACCGAAAUUCGAAAGGGAAUGGUUCCUUAGAGACGGGUCGGGUGGGUGCGUGAGGAAGAGUAAUGUGUCCACGUGUCGGAGCGGGGAGGGGUUUGUGGAGGUGACACGUGUGAAGGUACCCGACACGUCGAAGGCGCGCGUGGCAGCAACGAUUGGGAUGAGAGAGUGCAAAGAGAGAUGCUUGAGGGAUUGUUCGUGUGUGGCUUACACGAGUGCCAACGAGAGCUCUGGAAGUGGGUGUGUUACUUGGCAUGGAAAUAUGGAAGACACUAGGACUUACAUGCAAGUGGGACAAAGUUUGUUCGUGCGAGUCGACAAGCUUGAGUUAGCUAAAUAUGCAAAACAUCCGUAUGGUUCUCUAGGCAAGAAGGGGAUGGUAGCAGUUUUAACCGCUGCUAUUUUCUUGUUUUUGUUGUUGGCGAUCACUUUCGUGUAUUGGUUUGUUAAAACAAGGAGACAAGGAAUAAGAAGGGAUCGCAAGUAUUCCUUUCGUCUUACCUUCGACGACUCAACCGAUCUACAAGAAUUUGACACUACAAAAAAUUCAGAUUUACCAUUCUUUGAACUUAGCUCUAUAGCUGCUGCAACAGACAAUUUCUCUGAUGCUAACAAGCUUGGCCAAGGAGGUUUUGGUUCUGUUUAUAAGGGUCUAUUGAUUAAUGGAAUGGAGAUAGCAGUGAAGAGACUGUCAAAGUACUCUGGACAAGGCAUAGAAGAGUUUAAAAAUGAGGUUGUUUUGAUCUCAAAGCUCCAACACAGAAAUCUUGUGAGGAUCCUAGGUUGCUGCAUUCAAGGAGAGGAGAAGAUGCUAAUCUAUGAGUAUUUGCCAAACAAAAGUUUGGACUCCUUAAUUUUUGAUGAAUCGAAAAGGUCGCAACUAGACUGGAAAAAACGAUUUGAUAUCAUCUGUGGGGUUGCUAGAGGGAUGUUAUACCUCCAUCAAGAUUCGCGAUUGAGAAUCAUUCAUCGAGACCUAAAAGCCAGCAAUGUCUUGAUGGACUCUUCAUUGAACCCCAAAAUUGCAGAUUUUGGUAUGGCUAGAAUAUUUGGUGGGGACCAAAUUGCAGCAAACACAAACCGCGUUGUUGGAACCUAUGGCUAUAUGUCACCAGAAUAUGCCAUGGAAGGACAAUUUUCUGUAAAGUCUGAUGUAUACAGCUUCGGAGUUUUACUUCUAGAGAUCGUUACAGGCAGAAAGAAUAGUGGUCUAUAUGAAGACAUUACCGCCACAAAUUUAGUUGGACAUAUAUGGGAUCUAUGGAGAGAAGGGAAAACCAUGGAGAUUGUUGAUCAAUCAUUAGGAGAGUCAUGCUCUGACCAUGAAGUCCAAAGAUGCAUCCAAAUUGGUCUUUUAUGUGUGCAAGAUUAUGCUGCUGACAGACCAUCUAUGUCAGCAGUUGUUUUCAUGUUGGGUAAUGACUCAACUCUUCCUGAUCCAAAACAACCAGCAUUUGUUUUUAAGAAAACUAAUUAUGAGAGUUCAAAUCCUUCAACCAGUGAAGGAAUUUAUUCAGUAAAUGAUGUAAGUAUAACUAUGAUUGAAGCUCGUUGAAGGCCAAGGCUUUUGGAUAGUAUAUGUGGAAAGCCUGUAUGCUAUUGUAUGAUGCUAUAGUAUCAUGAAUCCAAACAAUAAUAAGGUUUGGCAAAAUAUUGUAUAUGACAUUUCGCAUAUUAUCCAGUUUAGAACGAUGAUGUAAAAAUCAAGAAUAAUAAAGGGGUGAGGUUAACCCCAUUUUACUUCAAGUUGUAUAA